AUGAGUUACAAGGGAUUUUAUGAGUUUGCUAAAGCGAAAGGAUUCGAUCUGGGCGCACCCGUCGGCCUUGAUGUAGUUGUUGAUGGGAUAGUUCCUACAGGAUCUGGACUCUCAAGCUCAGCAGCAUUUGUAUGCUCUGCCACAAUUGCUAUAAUGGCUGCUUUUGAUGCAAAGUAUCCAAAGAAAGAAAUUGCUCAACUUACAUGUGAAUGUGAACGCCACAUUGGAACACAGUCUGGCGGGAUGGAUCAGUUUGCGUGCUUGGGUGGAAGUGGUACUAGGAUGAGCGACCUCUAGGAAGUCCUUGCUCGGGAGGAUUUAGCAGGGGUUAAAAUUCUUCAUGGUCUUGAUUACUAAUUCCGUGAAAUCCACCACUCAUAAAUUGUUGAUACUUUUCUUUCUUCUGGGGAAAAUACAUAUGACAAUCUUAGUCUAGCAGUAAUGAUUUCAUUGAAUCUUGAUGUAAAGUCUGUUUGAUGUACAUUGAUAUAUCCACCAAUCAAUACAAUUUUAUUGAAUCAUAAGGUAAAGUCUUCUAUA